CGACGCGGAUCUGGGUCUCCCCGGACAAUGGCUAAGUUCGUGAUCGCUGGUAAAGCAGAUUGUCCAUUUUAUGCUAAAGCAGAACUUCUGGCAGAUUAUUUACAAAAGAAUCUUCCGGAUUUUCGGAUAUUUAAAAUCACACAACAUCCUGAUGUUUGGGAGAAGUGGCUGAAAGGGGUGUGUGAAAAGAACAGAUGGAAUCACAAAAGAUCCCCAAUCAUCUGGAGAGAGAUGAUUGAUCGUGGAGGAAAGGGUCUACUCCUGGGUGGAUAUAACGAGUUCCUGGAGUAUGCUCAGCUGUAUUAUGGUGUCACCUCUAGUAUGACAACUCAGAUGAUGAUGGUAAUUGCCCAAGAGAAUCUGGAAACACAUAUAGAAAAAGAACUGGAGAAAGAAGCCUUGAAAGAUCUUAUCAGCCCCUUGCAGGUCUGGAUCACCAGUGCAACCACCCCUGUUAGCUACAGCCUAAUCCCCAUACUGACCAGCGGUGAAGUGUUUGGCAAGAACACAGAAAUCAGCCUAACUCUAUUUGACCAGCAGAAGGUGGAACAUUAUCUCAAAGUCAUAGUGAUGGAGAUGCAGGACAUGGCAUCUCAGCUCCUCCUCAGAAUCUCCUACUGCACCAAGAUAGAAGAGGCUUUCCGCCAGGCUCAAGUCAUCAUCAUCCUGGAUGAAAGCACUGACAAGGAGGUGACCAGCCUGGAGGACUGCCUGAGGAGCAAGGUGUCACUGUGUCGCCUCUACGCAUACCAGAUAGAGAAAAAUGCCCAUGAGUCUGUCAAGGUCAUCGUGGGAGGAAAAAGCUUUGUGAACCUGAAGGCGAUUUUGCUUAUGCAGUAUGCCCCACGUAUCGCACGCAACGUUAUUGCUGUAGCCAUGGGUGUGGAAGGCCAAGCCAGAGCCACAGUGGCCAGAAAGUUGAAAACAACUGCCUCACUCAUCAAAGAUGUGAUCAUUUGGGGCAACAUCAGUGGGAAUAACUAUGUUGAUCUGAGGAAGGCAAGGGUUUAUGGAUAUGAUAGUGCCAUUUGGGGACCUCCUAAUUAUUCUCGCCCAGUUUUAAGCUUGAUUUUUGACAGUGACUGGCUACAAAAAGAAUUUGUGAUGACUCUUAAAAACAUGACAGCCACAGGAAAACACUUUGGGAGCAUUUUGGCUGCACAUAGCAUCACUACUACUUUGAAAUACUGGUACCAUGGUUCACCACCUGGGGAGAUUGUGUCCUUAGGAGUAUUGAGUGAAGGCCAGUUUGGUAUUCCUGAAGGGAUUGUCUUUUCUAUGCCUGUGAAAUUUGAGAAUGGGACUUGGAUAGUUCUUACUGAUCUUGAGGACAUUGACCUAAAUGGAAAAAUAAUGAAGAGCUUGACAAGAGAUCUGUUUCAGGAGAAACUUGUUGCACUUGGACACAACACAAUUUUUCAGCCUUACAAAUCAGAAUCUCAAUUAAUCAAGAAGUAUGAAGACUUGUCCCUUUCCGCCCAAUAUGAAAAACAGGAAGUACAAGUAGAAAUACAAACCCCGCUUACACGUCAAGUUUCAGAUACUAAAGACAGCCUGUACUAUGAUAUGCUCACAGACGAAGAAAAAGAACAAAUUUUAUCAGAUGACUCUGAUGGCAAAACUGACGAAUACCAACAGCUCUAAUUGGACCAAAUAUAUUAAUAUGGAACUGUCAUAAAGACCUGUGUGUGUAUUUAGGGAAGAAUGAUUUGGAAGAAUUUGUUUAGUCUUAAGUAGCAUUAUGCAAGGCAUAACAGCGCAAUAUAUGUUCUCUGUAGUCACUGUGAUGUAUGUUUAUGAUUGCAUUUCCUCA